UCCUCGGUCCUGGGGUUGUGCGAGACAGGUGGUCAACAGCCACUGCUUGUACACUUGGCAGCCUCUUCUGCACCCCAUGUUCCUCCUACGUACACGGGGAGUGAAGGUACAAGCAGCUCCCCAACAAGUGGCUGAAGACAAGUUUGUAUUUGAUUUACCAGACUAUGAAAACAUCAACCAUGUAGUGGUCUUCAUGCUGGGAACUAUACCAUUUCCAGAAGGAAUGGGAGGAUCCGUCUAUUUUUGUUACCCAGACCAGAAUGGGAUGGCAGUGUGGCAGCUACUGGGAUUUGUCACUAACGAGAAGCCAAGUGCCAUCUUCAAAAUUUCUGGUCUGAAAUCUGGGAAGGGAAGUCAACAUCCCUUUGGUGCCAUGAACCUCCCCCAGACACCAACGGUGGCCCAGAUUGGAAUCUCAGUGGAACUGCUGGAGAACCUGGCCCAGCAGACUCCUGUUGCAAGUGCUGCUGUGUCAUCGGUUGAUUCAUUCACAGAGUUCACUCAGAAGAUGUUGGAUAACUUCUAUAACUUCGCUUCCUCAUUUGCUGUUACUCAGGCACAGAUGACUCCAAAUCCUUCUGAAGCUUUCAUUCCUGCAAAUGUUGUUCUGAAAUGGUAUGAGAACUUCCAGAGACGUCUGACACAGAACCCUCUCUUCUGGAAGACAUAAGCUUAAAUUAUGUCAUUUGAAGUGCUUCCUAAAGAGCAUGACCUGAAAGAUGCAGCAAGUAACCCCACUGAAGAAUUCGGGGGGGGGGAAAUAACGAUUAGUCCAAAUAGACAAGCUUGUAACUUUUAUAUUACUCUUGAAAAUUAUUUAAAAUUAAAAUCUGUGAAAGCUACUUGCCUAUGCUUUUGGUUUUUAAUUGAAGCACUUGACUGCAACAAGAAAUCGGUGGUCUGAUUUCACACAGAAAUGUUACCUUGAAACUGCAUUUAAAGUGGAAAAAAUAAGAUGAAAAAUGGCA